AUGCACCCCAAAUCGAUCCAGGUUCUCCUCAGAACCCCAAAUUCCCGCCGCCUCCAAACCCUAACAUUCGAUCCAUCGCAGCCCCAAACCCUCCGCUCCCUAAAGCUCUCCUUGAUCCCCGACCAUGGAAACCCCCGGCGCUUUCUACUUUACCGCCAACGGGAAGCUCCUCUACGCCUGCCUAAUCGCUUCUUCCAUUCCUUCCGCAGAUCGUAUCUGUAA